AUGACUUUGUUUGCCCAAGUUAUGAGGAAAAAACCAAACUCCCCUUCAAAACAAGAGGGAGGGGUAGUCUGGUGGCAGGGUCGAGCAGAGGUGGCCCAUGGGCGACGCAGUGGUGGUGGCCGGGUGGCACGAUGGUGGUCAGGCAGUGGGUUUCGGCGGGCACAGGAGGCAGUCGGGAAGCACAGGGAGCGGCUGACGAGGGAGAGCACUGGCGGUGAAGGUGGCGGUGGGGAGAGCACCAGCGGUGGCGGGAAGGGCGCCAACGGGGCGGGCGCAGCGCGAGCGACGAUAGUGGGUGCAGGGGCCGGGAGACCGAUGGGGGUCGAGGGCCGACGGGUGACGAGGAGCCGGGGGCCGGAGGCAGGCGCGAGCACAACGGCGGGGAGUCGGGGGCCGACUGGCGGCAGGGGCCCGCUCUGA